UGGACGGGGCUGGUGGGGGACCUGCUCAGUGGCACGGCCCACAUGGCCGUCACCUCCUUCAGCAUCAACUCGGCGCGGAGCAAAGUCAUUGACUUCACCAGCCCCUUCUUCUCCACCAGCCUGGGCAUCCUGGUGAGGACCAAGGACACGGCAUCGCCCAUCGGGGCCUUCAUGUGGCCCUUGCACUGGACCAUGUGGGUGGGCGUCUUCGUGGCCCUGCACAUGACCGCACUCUUCCUCACCCUCUACGAGUGGAAGAGCCCCUACGGCAUGACCCCCCACGGCCGCAACCGCAUGAAGAUCUUCUCCUACUCCUCA